AUGGAAUCGGAUACAUCUGUCGCUAAAUCGGCGCCCGUCAUGAGCAGACGUGAUCCCAGCCCUGACUCCUUAAGAUCGGAGAUUGAAUAUCUCUAUCUCGAAUUAGAGACCCCGCUACCUACUCCAUGCAUUACAUUACCUCCAGCUGCGGGUCAAACUGCACCACCUGAAGCUCCAAGCUUGGAAAAGUAUACUUCGCCAUUUCUGUGGCCGAAAUGGCCGCUGGCUGGUUACUCUGCUGGUGAGGUUAGUCCAGCAUCCGAGGAAUUGACUAAAGAAUGGGGGAUUAGUGCUGUGGUUUAUAAUCUCAGUAUUACAAUCUUUUGUAUUGGAUUUGCCCUGGCACCUAUGAUUCUUGCCCCAUUCUCCGAGAUUAAUGGUCGUCGACCCAUUUUUGUUGUUAGUGGUGUUGUUUUUGUUGCUUGUUUGAUUGCAUGUGGUGGAACUCACUCUUUCGCUGGAUUGUUGGUCGCUCGGUUCUUCCAGGGGUGUAGUUCUUCGACGUUCUCGACUAUGGUCGGUGGUGUCAUUAGUGACAUUUUCCACUCACAUGACCGAAACACUCCCAUGGCGCUCUUCUCUGGCGCUGCUUUGUUUGGAACAGGUCUGGCACCCAUUUUAUCAGGUGCAAUCGUCACACAUACCACCUGGCGCUGGAUCUACUACUCGCAUGCUAUCGUGUCCAGUGUCUUCGUGGUUAUCAUCUACUUCUUCUUCAACGAGACCCGCGGAAGCGUCCUACUAAGCCGCAAGGCCAGUGCCCUGAACAAAUACUACGAGAAACUCGAACAAGCCGGACAUUUCGGUGUCAUCACAUUCUCCGAAGAUCAGCCCGAAGGAAAAACCAUCCGCCGGAUUCGAUGGAAAGUUGAAAGCGACGAACAGCGCGCUUCAUUGUUGACUGCCGUUCAAAUCUCAGUAUCUCGACCUUUCCACAUGCUCUUCACCGAGCCCGUGGUAUUCUUCUUCUCUCUCUGGGUAUCAUUUAGCUGGGCCACUCUCUACCUCCAAUUCAGCUCCAUCCCACUCGUCUUCCGCACAAACCACCACUUCAACGUCGAACAAACCGGCGCCGUCUUUACCUCUCUAUGCGUCGGUGUCAUAAUAAUCACUCUAAUAAGUAUCUACCACGAUAAAAUCGGCAGCAUAAUCAGCGGAAAAAUACCCCAAACUGCUGAAGGCCGUCUCUACUUUGUCUGCAUCGAAUCCAUCCUCCUUCCCAUCGGCCUCUUCUGGUUUGGUUGGACCUCUUAUCCAUCUGUGCCUUGGAUCGUACCGACCAUCGCCGUCGGCUGUGCGGGAAUGGGUAUCUUUUCCAUUUACCUUGCGACUUUCAACUACCUAGCGGAUACGUACCACCGGUACGCCAGUUCGGCAAUUGCGGCGCAGUCAUGCUGUCGGAACUUGCUUGGUGGUAUCUUCCCGUUGGUUACGAGUGCCAUGUUUACGAAUCUGGGAUAUCCCGAGGCUUCAAGUCUUUUGGGUGGAAUUGGACUUGUUCUUACUCUUGUGCCUUGGAUAUUGGCUUUCUAUGGGCCCAGGAUUCGGGCGCGUAGUAAGAUGGCUAGUGAACUGAACAAGUGA